AUGUGCGUUUCAUCGUACUUCACACACUAGAGUCGCUUUUGUAAGUUUUACACACUCAGCUCAAUUUGUGCACAGAUCAGUCAGCUUUCUGCAACCAGAGUUGGACUUUGUCACUGAACAGCGGAUUCCCACUAAACACUAAAUAAGAGUAAAUAAAUCAUGACUAAAUACGAGGAAGUUGCUGUUCAUGGCUACGAGGAAUUUUCUAAAGCUGUGUCUGAAAGAAAAGGAAAAGAGAUAUUCGCUUACUUCUCUGGAGAUAAAGAUGGCCAGGGCAAGAGCUGGUGUCCGGACUGUGUGAAAGCAGAGCCAGUGGUCAGAGGAGAGCUGUCUCAUCUUCCUGAGGGCUCUGUCUUCAUUUACUGCCAAGUAGGAGACAGACCUUACUGGAAGGACCCAAAUAAUGACUUUAAGAAAACCUUAAAGCUGACUGCAGUACCCACACUACUGCGCUAUGGGACGCCCCAGAAGCUGGUUGAAGAUGAGUGUUUUAAAACCGACCUCGUUCGAAUGAUGUUCACGGAGGAUUAAUGUCCUGUGACAGACUGCUGGAUGACAACUACUUUUAAAAUAUGAUUAACAUUAUUAUUCCACUGUUCGCUUUGUCAUUUCUGAAAUCUAUGCUCUUAUGUUAAGCAAAACAAACUGUUGCCCUGGUAUUAUGUUGUGAGUUUGUGCUGUGGUGAUUGUACAUGUUUUGAAAGCAUUGUGCACAUUUGUAUACAAGUAAGCUUUGCAUAAUCAGACAUUUCAAAUGUACUUUCCAGUGAUUUUCAAAAAAGGGACUUUGACAGUACCUUCAAGUUAAAGGGAUAGUUCACCAAAAAAAUGAAAAUUCUGUCAUCAUUUACACGUUUUUUCAAACCUGUAUGAGUUUAUUUCUUCUGCUGAACACAAAAGAAGAUAUUUUGAAGAAUGUCAGUAACCAAACAGUUGAUGGACCCCAUUGGCUACCCAUACUCUUCAAAAUAUCUUUUGUGUUCAGCAGAAGAAAUAAAUUUAUACAUGUUUGGAACAACUUGAGGGCGAGUAAAUGAUGAUAAAAUUGGUGAACUAUCCCUUUAAGACAGAAGAACUGAAGCAGUUACAAUGUCAGUAAUCAUGCAUAAUGAAAAUUGUUUACAAUCCUAACCUAGAAGGUGUUUGUUUGUAAUCAGAACAAAAUAAAAUGUUUUGAAAAAUGCA